UGCGCGUUGGGGGCGGCGGGCAGAGCGGAGUGCGAGGCUCUUUUGUUCGGUUGAGGGGAGGGCCGGUGGUCCGGGCCUGCGGUACGCCGCUUCAGUUCAGGGGUCGACUGCGUUCAUCCGCCUAGUUGCUUUCCUGGGCGCCACUCCGCCGGCCUGCCGGACGCGACGCGCUAGGAGCGCGGCACCAGUUCUUCUCGGACUCUUGGGCGCUGCGCUGAGCAGCGUCACCCUUCACACCAGAAAGCUGGCGGGCACCAUGGGAAAGAAACAAAACAAGAAGAAAGUAGAGGAGGUACUGGAGGAGGAGGAGGAGGAGUAUGUGGUGGAGAAGGUGCUGGACCGCCGGGUGGUGAAGGGCAAAGUGGAGUACCUGCUCAAGUGGAAGGGCUUCUCCGAUGAGGACAACACGUGGGAGCCCGAAGAGAACCUGGACUGCCCUGACCUCAUUGCCGAGUUCCUGCAGUCUCAGAAAACAGCACAUGAGACAGACAAAUCAGAGGGAGGCAAGCGCAAGGCUGACUCGGAUUCUGAAGAUAAGGGAGAGGAGAGCAAACCAAAGAAGAAGAAAGAAGAGUCGGAGAAGCCACGAGGCUUUGCCCGGGGUUUGGAGCCAGAGCGAAUUAUUGGUGCCACGGACUCGAGUGGAGAGCUCAUGUUCCUCAUGAAAUGGAAGAACUCUGACGAGGCCGACCUGGUCCCUGCCAAGGAGGCCAACGUCAAGUGCCCACAGGUUGUCAUCUCUUUCUACGAGGAGCGGCUGACGUGGCACUCCUACCCUUCGGAGGAUGACGACAAAAAAGACGACAAGAACUGAGUCUCCCAAGGACCAGCCCAUCGCCUCUAGCUGGGUCUCCAGGGGGUGGAAAGGCAUUCUGCUUGUCCUCAUACCGCACAGGUGGCUUGGGAAGAUGUCCUUUGAAGAGCCAGUAUCAUUUCCAUCCCUGCCGCGGCCCGGGUGCUGGCCAGCUGCUCCAGCUGUGCACACCUGCCCCGGGCAGGGAGCAGCCACCGUGGCCGCUCCACACUUUGCUGGCCUGCGAAGGGCCUUCUGUGAAGGACAGAACUUGCAGGAGCAGGCGUGUGGGGAGCAGAAAGAUACUGUCUUCUUCAAAGAGCAUCUCCGCAACCCACAGCCUUCUUCCCGAUAGUGUUAACGCCACAUUUUUACAGCGUAGCAUGUGUGUAGUUUUCGGCUAUUCCUGGUGUAUUAUUUGAGGGGAGGGUGGGGGGAGGGAGAUGGGUAGGGUUGUUCUGGCGGAAAUUUGGGCCCUGACUAGGAUACAGUGGCCAGAACAACUCAUGUUUUGGUUCUAUGUUCAGAAUAUUUUACCUUCUCAAAAAAUGUCAUUGGCACCCUAAACAAGGACUGUGAGAGACUGGUUAACAAGCUGUGAAUGCCCGAAACCCCGAGCCAGGAGUCCCUGUGGGACCUGAACAUUGUCCCCAAGGACCGAGCAGCUCCCAAAUUACCAAAGCAGCCAUUAUGGAGAUGGAGGCAGACUGGGGCGGGACCGUCCCCGGUGGUGUCCACAGGCAGACCCUCUGUCUCAGCGGUGCUAAUUCUCAAUCAGACAGGAGUUAGGAAGUUAGGGUAGGACCUGCUUGGCCGUCCACACCGCGGCAGAAGUGCUGGGGGACUGAGGGAGGGCAGCAGAGUUGGGACCAGCGUGGUCCAGACUCUUAGGGUGGAAAAUCGGGGCCUUGGGUUUUGAGCUUGGAUCUGAAACCUUUAGUGACAGAGUUCAGUCACUGACAGCACAAGUUUCAUUGAGUCAGUCGGGCUGAGCGCUUUCAGAAGCCCUGGUCUCAGGAGAUGGAACGUUCACACUGGGGCAGCGGUUCACUUUAAAACACAAAGCAAAUUGUGAAAAAGAGCUAACACUGCUGCCCAAAAUGCUCUGCCUUCAGUCAUAAGAUCCAGCAGUUCUUGACACUGUCUUGAGCUACAUUGUAAAGUCUUUUUAGGCAUGUGUUAGAUUUCUGUGAAAUUUUUCUUUAAAUGUAAACUUCAUACUACACUGUCAGUUUUUGUUGUAAUAAAAGUAUAGAUUU